GAAUGUUUGGACCAGGCCAUACACGGUUCGAAACAUCAUGUUGACAACAAGACAAGUCACUAGACAGGAAUGUGUAAAUGAGAGAAGAGUCACUUGACAUGUAAUUGGUCUAGCGAUGACACGGUGGUAUGGUUGCGAACAUACCAAAAGACAUGGCAAAAUUACCCUGAGCACACAGGCAAUGCAAUAAUGCUAAAUCAGCCAACCCCCGGAAUACGAAGCCGACGAGCUGCAAAUGAGCACGCCUCGUCUGAGAACUUUUUGAUCAUGAUGAAGACGCCACCGGAAAUCUACAGAAAAGAAACAAUUAGAAAGGAUAUAACGGUCGCACGAUCAAAGAAAAACAAGGAACCACUCAUUACACUUUUAGAUGCACAUCCAAUCGUCAUACCAGCGCUGUUGCCGGUCAGAAAAGAUGCGGUUCUAGAAAAGUACACGAAUGGGAAACGUUCAUGCAAGUGCCAUAUCCAAGUGAACAGCACGCUGCUGAUCUUGAGAGGUCAUCAAAAGCAACCCCAAGAAACGCCGAGCCGAUGCAAGGAAGCCAUGUCGCUCCUUAUUUUUGUGAAUGCCGAUACGCCAGGUGAAAUCCGAGGCAAUGAAACCAGUUCCCGAUCUAUGAGUGAAAGAACGCCAUGAAGAUUUAUGUCGGAUCCGACCAGGGGGUAUCAGUUGAGAUGAGUGCCGAAGUAGGAUGGUACGCAAUGCUGUAGAAG